CUUUGUACGAGAAUAGGUUAUGUCAAAUUAUUAUCUGCAGUCGUCUUCCACAGAGUUUCGCAGUAUCACGUCGAAAUUUCCUGAAAUUCCGCGAAUACUGAAGAAGAAACGGUACAAGUAAAAUGAAUCAUGAACACGACGAAGAGGAUAAACGUAAAUUUUUCCUCUUUGGUGGGACUUAAAGCGGAAUUACUAAAGAAACAAAUAGAGGUGAAAGAUGCGAAGGAAAAGAACGAAAAUUUUCACAACCCAGCAGCCCCAAAGGUUAAAACAAAACGAACUAAGGAAAAGAAGAGAGACCGUGAAGACGAUGCUGUUAAACCGGUCGAUGUGGAAGAUAUCGAAGCCCAUAAAAAAUCCAGGCUGAUGCUAGAAGCAAAAUCAAGGUUAUACGAUACUUUGCGAAGGUCACGUAAAAACGUUAAUCCACAUUGCCUUGUUGACUUUGCUAAUAAACCUUAUGAGUCUGAGGAAGAACAGAGCGAUGAUGCGAUAGAUGAAGUCAUGUCGGACGAUCCUUCUGAUCCAGAGGAUGAAUGGGUUGAAUAUGAGGAUUGUUUCGGUCGUACAAGAAAAUGCCUGCGCCGUGACUUGCCAAUGAUGCAAGCCAAAGAUAAUUUUGUGAAGAAUGAAAUUAUGAAAAAACCCAAAUCUGAAAAUGAUGACGACCACAUCGAUAGGGAUGCUCCUCUUGCAAACGUUGUACAGGAACCUGAUAUUGCAUUAAUGCGUAAAAAGUGGGAAGAACAAAUGGUUCGUCUUUCCGAUAAGCAGGAUAUACAUUAUCAGGAUGUUCUCUUUAAUGAAGCCAGAACACACGGCGUUGGAUAUUAUGCAUUCUCACAAGACGAGGAGGUCAGAGCAAAGCAACAAGAAAAUCUAAAUAAACUUAGGCAAGAGACCAAGCAAAAGCAGAAAGAAAUGACAGAGCUUAAAACAUUAAAGUCUAAAAUGGAGCAAAACCGGUUGAAAGCAGCGAGAAUACGUCAGAGAAUUCGAGCUGGUUUACCUGCCGAACCGACAUCAGUGGAAUUGGAGGAUUCACAGAGCAAGCCAUCGGAUGUUCCAGAAAUUGACAGUGCUCCGCAAGGAGAAACAGAAGUAAACCAAAGAUUAACAGACAUCUCAUCCACUAGCGCUACCAUGGAGAGAACUGAAUCGGAAAAGACAUCUCCCGACAGUCUGCAAGCAGUCGAGGAGAAAGUAAAAGCAUUUGGCAAGCUUUUGAACAAGCGAACCUGGUAUGAGAUGUCACAAGAGGAAUGGGUCCACGAACGAAGAGAGGAUCGUAAGAAAGAAUUCGGGCCUAUAUAUAGUAACUUCAAGAAGGGAGGAUAUUUAGAAAAUAGUAACAAAGUUAACGUGGAUGAGUCCUGUGGUGACGAGAGUCACGAUGGAAUUAGCAAUGAGCCAGAAAUGCCUGACUGUAAAAUGGACGAUGAAACUGUAGUAGACAAUAAGGAAUGCAUUGUAACUGUAAAUAGUGACUUAGCAAAUAUUGCACAAACAUCGAUGCUCCCAGAUACCGAAGAAAUCGUUACACCUGCUUCUAUUUAUUUAUCCGCUUCAACUGUUGGUGCGAAGCAAGAUUUACCCGAAGUUUCUACUCCUCCAGCCAGUUGUUCAAGUGAUCCUGAUAUUGUUCGGUCCGUGAAUAUAACGCAUCAGGAAGAAAGAAAAAGUCCUUACGAUCCAAAUUAUGAAGUGCCACUCCCGGAAGAAUUUGUACUCAGCACACCGCCGGACAUUCCUACAAGCCAAUGCGUCGUUUCAAGUUCUUCACAGUUAUCCCUUAACGAUACAAGUUCUGAAAUCAGUGAUUCAAGAAAUGUUGCAUACCCUACAAGUGAGUCUUCAUCGAGACAUGUUCCCGACGAAGAUAAGAUAUUAGCCGGACUGAGGUUUCUGCGGGAGAAGUUUGAACAGAAGAAUAACCGUUGAUCGUGCCUAUCGUAUUAUACCAUCUUUUUCAAUUGUACAGAUGUGUCACCGUAUUUCUGUUUCUACAGAACAUAUGCGCGCUGAUAAGUAUUCUCACUCUAAAUUAAUAUAACUUGAAAAUAUGUCAUAAAUAAAAUAUGAAUAGAGUGUCA